UAAAUGAAGUCCAUUGCUUGACUGAUUCGGAAACUUUAAACAAAUUUGUGUAAAACUAUUCAGUAUACAAUAGGUUUUCCCUAUACCUACUUAUUAAUUAUACUCUUUGCAAUAGGUACUCAGUGUUUCCAAAUGGAAUCUACGUUUCUUUCCUCGGAUUAUUCUAAACAAAAGUAGAAGAUCGCGUGACUCGGUGUGUCAUUUAAAAAUUUUUGACACAAACGAACCGAAAUUUUCAAUAACUUUUUUAAGCAUUUACAUUUUAGAUCAGAAAAAUGAGAUCCUCGAGACGAUCAAAAAAUAAGGAAAAGUCAUACGAAAGAAUAAAUAAAAACAGAUACAAAAAUAGGUGGUCAAGAUUUGGUUGGGGUAGCAACGAUGCCAUUUCUUCCGGACCUUUUCUUGAAAAUUUAAAUGAAAUCCUUCGCGAAAAAUAUCAUCAAAGCGAAGGCAAAGGAAAUUGGAAGAUUAUGCCGAGAGACUCGUGCGAGAUUUAUAAGGCUCGCCAGAAGCGAAUGGAAUCAAGUCGUCGGAAAUAUAAUAAUGAUUCGAAUGAGUCAGAUCAUACCGUUUCGGACGAUGAUGAUGAUAGAAGGAGCAAGAAGAAGCAACGGAAGAAGACGCCGAAGAAACGUGAACCACCAAAAAACUUCCGCCCUAGAGGUCCUAGAGGGAAGAAUAAGAAAAGGAAUCCCCCAAGGUCUCGUGCUGUUUCAAAGUCGUCUGAUACGAACUCAUCUUUUACACGUACAACUUCUUACACCACCGUUUCUGAUAUGGAUGAUUAAAUCUCAUUACCAUUACCAUAAAUAUACUAGUAUUAUUAAAACCAGACUGUGUUUUAUUUUACUUUAAUAAUCUUGUCAUUGAAUGUUUGAAAAAUGUUAAUAUGAG